UCUCUCUUGCUUACCGUUGAUUCCUCCCCUCUCCAUCUCGUUCAGAGAGUGAUCCUUUCUCUUUCUGUUUCCACGAGGAUACCUGGAGAAACUGGGAGAACGAGAAAGAGAGAGAACGGAACGGGAACGGCGCGGAACCGAACGUACCGAGUAGAAGGAGGAGCUGAAGGAGACUCCGGUGGCGGUGGAGGUGGAGCAAGAGGAGGAGGAGAACGGAACACGAGAGAUCGGCAGCACAGUUUCGUGUUCAGCUCAGCUCGGUUCGGCUCAACCUCAUAUCGGAUCUCCGUGUUUCGAGGCAAACCGUUCUUCAAAUUUGUCGCUACAGACCUCCUCCUCUGAUCCGGUAGUUUGCGCCGGGCCGGAGAAGAACGGCAGAGUUCCGGCCGAGAGAGGACCGGAGUGAAAAUCGGAGUGAGCACGGGACGGGGCGCGUCGUAGAGAGCGUUCGUUUGCAACUGUUUACCGAUCAUUUUCCGCUCUCUCGGCAAAUUUCUAGAGUGGUGCGUAGUAGUUCGCAACGUCGCUGACGUACACGGAGGGAUCAUGGGAUCGACGUGUCAUCUGACAGUGGUGAUCGCGCUGUUCCUCCAGGCCACCAGCUUGCACGCCCAUCGCGAGCACAAGGUUCACAACAUCGUGCUCUACCCCGACAAGCACAGCUGGUGCAAGACGACCCCGAUAAAGCAAGUGGUCGCGUGGCCCCAGUGCUCUUCGCAGGAGUUGGACAACAAUGUCUGUGUGGGAGCUUGUUUCUCUUACAUGGUGCCGCACAGCGAGCCCUCCGCACCUGGUGACUUGAUCAGACCCUACUGCGACUCCUGUCAGCCUCUGGACAGCGUCUGGCACACGGUCACGCUCGACUGCAAAGACGAGGUGAACAACCCCAUCACCAUGCAGAAGAAGGUGCAGAUCAUCACGAAUUGUUCCUGCAGCUCGUGCAUGGAGACGUCCAGGAUCAAGCCGGACUACAACACUCUGCUUCAGUCGUUGACCGAGGAGAAUCUCGACAAGAACGUGAACGUGGUCCACGAAACUCCGGAUCUGCUGUUAAACCCGAACUUGAACUCCUCGAAGAACACCACCAGAGACGGUGUGCAGGCUAACGAGAGGUUCUUGCAGAUCUUCAAGCAGCUGAAGGACUCGGAGAAGUUCAAGCAGUCCGGGACCAAGGAGCUGUUCUCAAAGUUCGACGGCGACAUCGAUUUCGACAAACUGAGAGAGCUGUUGAAGAAGUACGGCCAAGAGGAGGAGAAGCAACACCCUCAUCAGCAUCUGCACCAGCAUCAGCACCAGUCGACCGGAAAGCAGCAGCAGCAGCAGCAGCAGCAGCAGCAACAGCAGCAACACCAUUCGACGACGGUGCUCCAUCGAGGACCGCAUCACUCGAUGGUUCUAGACUCCGACGUGAAGGAGAAGAUCGACGUGGAACCGCAUUAUCUUCAUCCGGCAGUGGCGGGUCAGGAGAUCAGCUACCACGACAACGGGCUGGUGGACAAGGACAAGAAGAAGGAUUUCUGAGAUGACGGAAGGCGCGUGUCUCGCGAUGGAAACGCGUGGUCGGCCUGACAUGUCCGGCCAGGUCGGUCAUGGGUGACGGAGAUGUUCGGUAUUAGCGAAUGAGAUCGUUUCUUUUCCAUAUUUCUUAAGAUUUGAUUCGUGACCUAGUCCAGCCCGUAGCAAAUUGCUCGAUUCGAUUUAGCAAACUAAAGGUCCAGCUUGUUCCGCGAACGAUACAUUUGUAAAUAGAAAAAGAUUCCUCGUCUCGCUUUAUUCUCUAUUCUUCUUCUUCCUUUUUUUUCUCUUUUUUUUUCUCUUUUGUUCUCUCUAGCAGGCAAAAGACGAGCCGUUGCUCCCGAGGAGCGUCUCGGCCCCGGCCCGAGUAAGUCUCGUUAGAGUUCAAUCGUUUGGGAAACGCGUUGAGCGAAAGUUGAGGAUACGGGAAGGAAGAAAAAGGGGAGAGAGAAAUUCUAAUAUAUAUUUAAUUAUUAUUAUUAUGUUAAUUAACUAUUUAAUACGAUCGCGCGUCUAAUAAAGGAAUAUACGUCUGUUUGGAAUUUUAGUUCUUAUCUAGCACAACUGGCAAUCAUUGUAGACGCCUAAAGGCGUUAUAUCUCGUUGACUGCUUUAAAAGUACACAUUGUAUCCACUAUCUCGCAGAGAAUAAACGGAGUCCGUACAGA